AUGACAGCUUUGGACAUUAUGAAUGAUGAUCAUCUAAAUCUGUCUCUUUCACUUUCCAUUGGAAAUAAUAAUCCACCAAAGGCUUUGCCAGGUAUAAUCAAUGAUGAUCAUCUAAAUCUGUCUCUUUCUCUUUCCAUUGGAAAUAAUCCAGUACCAAAGGCUUUGCCAGGUAUAGUUCAUUCAUAUAGCUAUUUAAAAUUCAAACAAAUCAAGACCAUCCAAGGUGAAGUACAAUGCAAACAUUGUGAGAAAAUUUUUCAAGUAGAGUUUGACUUGAAAAACAAUUUUGAAAUUGUGGAGAAGUUCAUUGCAAGGAAUAAAGCUAAUAUGUACUGGAGGGCAGCCGAAGAAUGGAUGAAGCCGGUUUUACCCAACUGCGAGUUUUGUCAAACGGAGAAUUGUGCGAAACCGGUGAAGACAAAGGAGAUAAGUGAGAUCAAUUGGUUGUUUCUUUUGCUUGGACAAAUGUUGGGGUGUUGCACACUUAAGGAGCUUAAGUAUUUAUGCAAACAUUAUCGGAAACAUCGAAGUGGUGCUAAAGAUCGUGUUUUGUAUAUCAGUUAUCUUACCCUUUGCAAUCAGUUCCAACCUCGUCAACUUUUUAGUUCAUGA